CCUAACCCUAAGUGAGAACAUCAAUCGAGCGGGGUGUGCUGAAUUUUCCCCUUUCCACUAGGGCUGGGAUUUCGGGUAAAUAUUCAAAAUGUCGGACGGAGGAGCAGCGAGUCAAGAUGAGAGUUCAGGACCAGUUCUUCAUCUCUACUCAGAAUUCCAACCUGCGAGUUCCAUCAUGAAUAUUCAUUGCAGUAAACAUGAUUCUAAAAUGAGUAAUCCGUCAGAAACUAGUAAAUGUGAAAUGGAGAGUGGAGACGGAGACUCAGGAGUCCAGACGAAUGGACUGGACUUUCAGAGACAGGCGGGGCACACCACAAACACAAUCACCAACGCACAGGCACAAGCCAUCCUCCAACAGUUGACCCUGAGCCCGGCUCAGCAGCAGCUGCUCAUCCAGCAGGCCCAGGCUCAGCUCUUGGCUGCGGCCGUGCAGCAGCACUCAGCCUCCCAGCAAAGCAGCACCACGGGAGCCAGCAUCUCCGCCUCCGCCGCCACGCCCAUCACCCAGCUGCCCCUGUCCCAGCCCAUCCAGAUCACCUCGCAGCUGCAGCAGCUGCAGCAGCAGAACCUGAGCCUGCCUCAGUUCGUGCUGGUCCAGCCCGGCCACCCCAUUACUACCCAGCUGCAGCCGGCCCAGUUCAUCAUCUCCCAGACGCCGCAGGGCCAGCAGAGCCUCCUGCAAGCCCAGAAUCUUCUAACUCAACUACCUCAAAGCCAAGCCAACCUCCUGCAGACUCAGCCAAGCAUCGCCCUCACCACUCAGCCAGCGACUCCGACCCGUACGGGGUCAGCCACGCCCAACCAGUCCCUCCCCCAAGGCCAGACUCCGCCCAAACGCCUGGACACGCCCAGUCUGGAGGAGCCCAGCGACUUGGAGGAGCUGGAGCAGUUUGCCAAGACCUUCAAACAGAGACGCAUCAAACUGGGGUUCACACAGGGUGACGUGGGCUUGGCCAUGGGGAAGCUAUAUGGUAAUGACUUCAGCCAGACCACCAUCUCCCGCUUCGAGGCCCUCAACCUGAGCUUCAAGAACAUGUGCAAGCUCAAGCCACUGCUGGAGAAGUGGCUGAACGAUGCUGUUUGUGCAGAGAACCUGACGUCGGAGCAGGGUCUGUCCAGCCCCAGCUCCCUGGGCUCUCCAGGCCUGGGCAUGGAGGGCCUCAACCGCCGCCGCAAAAAGAGGACCAGCAUCGAGACCAACAUCCGCGUGGCCUUAGAAAAGAGCUUUCAGGAGCAGAACCAAAAACCUACCUCUGAGGAGAUCACCAUGAUCGCGGACCAGCUGAACAUGGAGAAGGAGGUGAUCAGGGUGUGGUUCUGUAACCGACGGCAGAAGGAGAAGAGGAUCAACCCCCCCAGCAGCGGCCUCACAGGAGGAGGCAGCACCCCCAUCAAGACCAUCUUCACCCCCAGCAGCCCCCUGGUAGCCAGCACGGCCGGCAUGGUGAGCUCCAUCAACACACCGACCACUCUGACUGUAAACCCAGUGAUGCCUCUCACCAGCACCAGCGCCUCCAGCUUGGCAUUCACAGGCACGACCAUCGGAGCGACCACUAACACGGCCUCUGUCAUCUCCACGGUGCCCAACGUCACCAUGAGCUCGCCCACUUUAAGACCCUCCCCCACGACGGCCCAGUCCACGGCGUCCGACACCGCCGGCGCACAGGAGCACACCAUCGUCACCCAGGCGCCGUCGUCCCUGGCAACCACCCUGGGCACGGGUCAGGUGAUGGUGGCGUCGCCGGGGCUGACGGCCGCGCUGCAGGGGGCCGCCCAGUUACCCACCAGCGCCAGCUUCGCCGCCAUGGCGACGGCCGCGGGGCUGAACCCGGGCCUCAUGGCCUCGUCUCAGUUCAACCCCGGGGGGGCUCUGUUGAGUCUGGGUCCGGGGGGACUGGGCAGUGCCCUGAGUCCUGCCCUGAUGAGCAACAGCACCUUGGCCACCAUCCAAGGUGUGUGGAGCGCUCUGGCGUCCAGUGGGACUCUGCCCAUCACCUCCCUGGACGGCAGCGGGAACUUCCUGUUCGCCAACACCACGGCGGGCAGCACCCCUAACCUGGUGACCGCGCCCCUCUUCCUGAACCCCCAGAACCUGUCUCUGCUGACCUCCAACCCCGUCAGUCUGGUCUCCGCCGGCAACGCCGGGGGAGGGGCUCUACAGCUCACAGCCGACGCCCACCACCAGGUCACCACGGCAGCCGUGCCAGUCCCCGCCCCCACCAUCACCACUGCCUCCAAGGCCCAAUGAAGCGGGUGUGGGCGUGUCCCAGGCAACGCCUUCUUCCUCCCAGAGUGUGCUGUUCCUCGUGGUGGAGACCAGUGGCCUCCCACUCCUCCUCCCUCUCUCUCUCUCUCUCUCUUUUCAUCUUUCUUUAUUUAAUCCUUUUGCUGCCACCAAAAAGAAACCCUACUGAGGGGGUUUUCAAAAGUUUUUAUUUCUUUUUACAUUUCUUUUCUCUCUUUUUCCCUGGCGCUCCAAAAAUGUUGAGUCGAUUCUGGCGUCACUCACCGCAGGAGGAUUAUGGCAGCCAUUUUGUAAGGCAGGGUGGUCUGGAACUCUGUGGUCCGGCGCUGUGUGGAGCCCCUGAGAGAGACCUCCUGAGGGGACUGACCUCCUGUGCGCUGAACCACCUAGACACCCUGCUCCCUCACCCACCUGGAGUCUCCUAUCUUCCCUGUUCAGAACUGCUUCUGAAACACUUCUAACCAAAAAUGUUUGAUUUUAACUUUUUAACUUUUUAGCUUGUUAACAAGAAAAUGAUUUACUACUAAGUUCUACGAUCUACAUCAUCACUAAAAGGGGGCAUUGUGUGUUCACGCCCCCGCUAUAGUUUAUAUUGUGUCUUGAGGCUCAGUUGGACAGGCCUCCACACGACUCAUAUCAAAGUUAUAUUUUAGAGUCUUUUUUUGUAGUUUGUCGUCUUUUGUUUUCCUGUGUACCUGUGAGUGAACACUCUCUGAACUUUGUACGUCUAAUAUUAUUAAGUUAAGCUUUAACUCCUGUACAUCAAUUUUUAAUCGUGGUUGUAAGGCUUUAAAAACCAGUAAUAAGUGGCCGAGAUAGCGGUUACCGUUGCUUUAAGAAACCCGGGGACUGCGUGAGGUGUUCCUCGGCUCUCUCUCUCUGUCCGUCUGUCUAGAAACACUGAGUUGGACCCUGACAGCAGGGCUGGCCCCGCCAUGCAGCCUACACACGCAAGUCUAGGUGAGCCAGCGUAGACACUGAGACCAAAUCAGAAAAACACGUAAAGCUUUAAAGAGGCUGUCGACAUUACAAGCAGUCCCGAGUCAGAUGAGGGUACUGGGGGGUAGGGAGGAGGAGGGAGAAGUCGGGCUGUUGCCACAGCCCCGGUUGCUGUUGGACACAGGAGGGUUCUCUAUUUGAACUCUGUGUUCUCUGUGACUAUGGGCUUGUUGGUUGCCACACCAACCGUGAUGUGCGUUGGUGAUGGUUGGAUCAUAGUCUGUGGUUGGAGAGCUGUUCUGUCUACUUGUGCACAGUACCUGUACCAAAAAAAACUAACUGGAUUUCUGCUCUUCAGUCUGCCUGAUCCUUAAAGGAGUAAACUGUCACGUUUUGAUUUUGUACGGUUCUUUUUAUUUCUGUCAGUCUUUUGAGACUGGCUGACUUCAAGAUAUACCAAAAAUAUUUGUCAAAACCUAUUGCUGUGUACUGUCAGUGUAGCUUAGUCUAGUCCAAAUAUUUAUGAGUACUACAAACUCUUUCUCUCUAGAUAACAAACUAAAAAAAUGCAAUAUUUUGAUCAUCAUUUUCCAAAGACAAACAUUUUUUCUAUGUGGCUCUCCCCUGCUCAGCUUUGCAGCGCAAGUGACCAAAAAGAAAAGGUUGGGAAGGUGGAGGGGAGGGGGAGCCCCCCCCCCCCCUGACUCCCCCACAAAGUUACUACACUUUAUAUCAGAGCUUGUUCAGGUUUGAAGGGCACCUUGAUCAGGGUGUGUCUGUGGGCCGGCCGGGUGGCAGCCAGUCAGGCACCAGAUGUUUGUGGGUGGCAUGUCUGCUUUAGUUUGUCUACCGAUAUUCAGCCAUGAAACGCAAGCUUGAACCAAAGUCACUUCCCCGUGAGUUUCUGUGCCUGUUGAAAGCACGCCAACCUUGGUGUUUGUGCCAUCGCUACCAGUCCCUCUCUGGUUGUGACGCCUGCCUGUGGAGGUCCAGACAUGCCCUGCUCGGUGACCCUGCAUCCCAGUGACCCUCUCCCCAUCCUCAGCUUUACAGAGCAGCUGCUCCGAGUCCCUGGUGGAGCUGCGUGUCCGGGAGACCUCUAUCCUGUCCCUAUAGCUUUAGGAUCGCAUCCUGGCUGCUGUUAGCUGGGUGGUAUGGUCCACCCCCUCCUCUCUCUCUCCUCGACACUCCUAUGUUCUAUGUCAGUGACUGGGUCCCUGCUCCAAGCUAGGAAGUCACACGGAGGAAGAGGCGAGGUCUUUAUUCUCUCCAGCAGAUCUAGGUUGUAAAUCUAGGUUGAGUAUCUCAGACCAAGUCCAGUUACCUAACCCGUAAGUAGGUACUGUGGCCGAUGUGCUGCCCCUUGCGAAACACACAGUCUCCACACAAAAGAACUUGUUCUACUGCACUCACUCCCUCCACCCCCGAUUUAGAGAACUCCUAGUCUGACAGCAUUCUAUCACGUUAACCCCUCUUUAUGUGGUUCUUUUUCUGCUUGAAAUACUUUGAAUAUACCUCAGCAGCACUUAAACAGAAGGAUGCUUCUCCUGUAGAGACGUCACACCUAUAGAAUAUUCUAGAAUGUACUGUCAUGCUCACAAGUUGAUUAAUAACGAUGCAUCCAUAAUGACACAAUGUCAUUGGUGUUUAAAUCGAGGACAAACUACUACUGCUAUUUACUAGUACUACUAUUUAUGGGGUGUUUCCAGGUUUUGAACAGUAAUUAACUUUAUUUUGUGAUCCUUCUUGCCAAAGCUAUAGCCUUUCUCUCUGCGGCUGGGCUCAAGUCUUGUUGCUGCUCACUUUGCUGGUCCUCUGAUCUUGAGCUCUGAUUGGUCAGAGAGGACAGGAAGUUCCAGUUGUAGUGCAGUGUGUUAUGUCCCUCAAUAGGUGGGCGGAGCACUGGUGAACCAAUGACCCUAGGCCCAAUGGGAAGUUACUAAAAUAUUUAUCUGAGGAACGAUAAAAGAAUUAGAGAAGUUGUUUUUUUCUUUUCAUAAUUCUAUACAUAUAAAUAUAUAUAUAAACAACACAUGUAAAGUACUCAUAUUUUAUAUUUGAACCAGUAUGUUAUCAAGACUGAAUGUAGUGUUUUAUCAUGCUUAUACUCAAAUUACAAAAAAAAUGAUCCUUUUAUUAUUGAUGAUAAUAAUAGCAAUUUUGAAAAAACUUUGUCAAGACCAAAACAUAAACCAUGCCCCCCUGACACGUAAUUUGCUGCCACCUGGGUCUGUCAUAUGUAGUGGGUGUGGUCUUAAGAAUGGGAGGGGCUUUUUCAGGUGCUCCAAUGGACAGUCCCAUGGUUUCUGGAGAAAAUGAGUGAAGCAAUUGAUCUUAACAUUUAUUUUAUUUUUUGUUUGUUUCACUUUGAUUUCUUGAGAACUUGAUUUGCUGUGCUGUUUUUAACAAUCAUUUGAAUUUUUAUUGUUUCCUUUUUAAUUUGCCUUUAACUGUUUUUUUUUUUUAUGGCACGAGAGGGCGAGAUCACUGGCUUUCUUAGUUGUACUAAAGAUUAACAUUAUCAUUUAUGCCUUAUUGUUAUUUAGGAGACAAGAGCAUUGUAUAAUAUGGUUGUUAUGUGAGUAUGGAGGGAGUGAGAAGAUGCGUCUUCUCCAGCUGAGUGUCUAACUCACCAGGUGUUUCCUGGGAUCGCCUGGUGUUCUGAUGUGGUCAUUUUUGCUACCCGUGAUAUUAGAUGUGUCUAGAACAGGUGGCUGUACCUGAGACUAAAGCUUUACUAAUAGAUCAACUCCAGCAGGUUUGUCAGACUGUGCGUAAAUGAGGGAGAUUAGGCCUUUUUUUUAUUCUUUUUUUUACCAAUUCCCUUCUGUUUAUUUCUCUGACAGAGAAAGAAGGAAACGAUCAGAGUAAUUGGAAGUGUGUGGAGAGUGAGGAGUGAGAUUAUUGUACGUAACGAGAACACAUUUUGAGGAGACACCUUUUCUGAAGCCUCUCAGUGAUCCACUGCCGGAGGUUGGCUGACCUAUUCCUAUAUUUAGGAAACUGUUUUGAUUUAGUUUUGCAUGGCAGUUCAUUAGAUCUCAGCAGCUCAGCUUGUUGAGGUCAAAGCUUGUGGUGCAAUCUCUCUGAUCCUGUCAUGGGUGAGGGAUGCAUCUCUACAGGCCGCUCCACUACUGAUGGUGGCUUUGGUACAUGAUGGACAGAGCACCAGUAAGGCAUGAAAACUGUCCUAUACCUCAUUUCUAACUCGCAACUGAGUGAAAACUUGGUCCAAACGACUACUUUAGAGAUAAACAUGGAAAACAAACAAAAAAAACUGUAAAUACACACACACAAAAUGGCCUAAGAAGUGUGUUGCAGUGACAGCUUCUGCCACAAGGGGGAGACAUGACACACUCCAGCACCUCUGAUUGUCUUUCUCUGUUGUAACUGCAAGAGAGCGUCUCACCAAUCCUCUUUCAAAAGCCACAUUUGUGGUUUACAGAAUAGCCUACUUUCAAAUGUUUUAUUCUGAGUUUCUACCCGUAUGACCUAUAUUUAAAACCCAUGUUUUCCCCUCCAAUUCAUGCAGAGUCUUCAGAACUUUUAAAGAGACGGACUCCCUUUGAACACGUUUCUAUGUGAUGGCUACGGUAAGAGCUUUGUCCUGAUGGCUCUAUUGGCUGUGUGCACAGAUGUAAGACUGCGAGUGUCUUCCCCCUCAACGGUGCUCUCUCUCUCUCUCUCUCUCUCUCUCUCUCUCUCUCUCUCUCUCUCUCUCUCUCUGUCUCUGUCUCUGUCUCUGUCUCUGUCUCUGUCUCUGUGUCUGUCUGUCUGUCCCAUGGUGACGACAUUAACCAAAGACUUUUAGUGAUUGUAUAUGGCCGACACAUCUCUCCCUCUCUCCUCACUCCUGGACACACACACACAGCCCUUAUAACCUGUGCUUCAGAUCCACCUGUAUGGCAGAGGUGUGUUAGUGUAUCUAAACACCUCUUAGACACACUUGACCCGUCAAUGCAACUGAAUCAGUGCCUAUGGGUGGGGAUCAAUAGUUAGAUGGGAGUUGGGCGGGGCAAAGUAGGCUUCUCUGAUAGACAGGUAAAUGAACCAAUCCCAUGUUAGCUGGAUGAUGUUUAUUAAUACACACUGAGGGUUGAUCCUGUGCACACUGUAACUGCUCAGGACUUUCUGUCUGUUUGUUUGUCUCCAAGGCUGUUUCUAGGAUAACUUUCUUCCUCAAGGACGGUCAUGUAAACACACUGUCUUUUCUGCCUGUAGUCUCCACAUCUGGUCUCUAGUUGCCAUGAUACGGUCUCUAGGAUACACAUCUUGUGGGUUGUCUGGAACACAGUUUCGGUCACUGUGGUGUUUUUUUUCCCUCUUUUUCUCUUUCUCUCUCUCCCCUUGUUCCGCUGCCACACUAUGCAUCAUGGUCCUUCGCUCUGCAUGGGCUACGUCCCCAUUGGCCGAGCAGAUUGGCCAGAGGGAACACUUGGCGUGAUGCUUUAUUCCGAGUGGGGAGUUGUAUGAUCUCAAAAGCGCUAUCCCAAAGCAAAAAUCCAAAUACUUAACGUUUGACAAAUGCAGAUACCAAAGAUGACUCUCUUUUUGUCUCUCUCUCUCUCUCUCUCUCUCUCUGACUACCCUUCUUUCCCCGUUCCCCUGCAGCUUGUGUAUUAAGAGACAACCCCAGCACUGGCUUUAGUUCUAGCCUCAGUUAUUCCAAAGCUUAGAUGUAUAUUUUGGUACAUUUCUGAGAAACCUAAGUGGAAAAAGUCUGUCAAAUGAAACUUCUUGUUUGUUUGGUGUAUCGCUCCUUCUUCUGUCACCGCAUGGAACUAAUUGCAGAACUGUCUUACUCGUAGGUUAAAGAUAUAAUUUUUUUGUAUGUUUUGCGCGUGUCAAAAUAAUGUGUGUGUGAUAUCAGUUACAGUGACCAUUGUUUUAAAACAAGAAUGACAGAUAAAAAAUGAAAGAAAAAAAAUUAAACAUGUACAUAUUCUGUUUGUGGAUUUCAAGAAAUGCGUUCUGUAAAACAUUUAUUAUUCUCACUCAAGGAUGCUUGAGCUCAACUAAAGGAAUGUGUCCCUCCUUUCAGACUCACUAGAUUCCUUCUGAGUAGAACUUUCACUCUAGAACUUUGGAACAAACGCUGUCAUGGCGACACGUAGCCCCAGAGUUCCACAAUGGACUAGAAACCUGCUCACUGUUGCCAUGGAGGCAUAGGGUGCUGACCUGUCUGUGGAGUGCCCCCUCUCUUGCGACAGAGAACUGAAAGAUUGUGUAGAACUUUUCAAGUAUGUGAAUCAGGAUACAUGGUAGAUUUGAUGCUUUUGUCUGCUGUAUUUGUUUUUUGUUUGUUUUGUUUUUAUACACAUAUAAAGAUAAUCUUUUACUGUAAAUGUACAGUUCUCUUUUGUUGUAAACAUCAUUAAACCAUUUUCCAAGUGUUUUAACAAC